AUGGAAAAAAGUAGCAUUGCUGUGGAGGAACUCGAUAGAGAAGAACAUGGUUCAUCGGAAAAGAGGACCGCCCGCGACGUCAACUUUGGUGACACUUUGGAGAAAGUGGACGCCUCGGCACGACCUUGGACCAAACUGCUCACAUCUAUCCUGGGAGUCGAUCAAACGCCUUCCGACGAGGCCGAUGAGGUGCAGAUAGAUGACAAGCUCAUCGAUGACAGUUUCCAACCAGGAUCGUCACGAGCCAAUCCACAAUUGGAAGAAGUCGGUCGACGAAUUGAGACAUGGAUCAACGCCACGAUAACCCAAUGUACGGAAGCUGGAAAGCAAGAUGAUGAAAACUGGCUGUCGUCACUCGACGAGACAGAAAGCCAUAACGAUAGCGAUAUUCAGUGCUUUGGCAUGAUCGCCAACCGGCGAAUGAGGCUCUAUGGAGACAUGGAUACUUUGCGAAAGAAGCUCGUACGGUUACGUCCAAGCAGUGGGUUGACAAACCUGCAAUUUGACACCGCGUUUGACACCGGCUUUCUGAGACUGGAAGAUGGCACGUUGUGCGCUCAGCUGGAUCGCGAUGUUUGCGCUCCCCUGACGCGAAUCAAAACCACAUUCCAAACAACCCAGCUUGUGGCAUACGCAUUGGUCGAGAACUGGCUAAAGACCAUCGAGCGUGCUAAUAGGUCCAAGAGUGGCGAGAUGGAUAUCGAUAUUUAUGUAUAUGGCUCGGCAAAUUCCCGUUCUGCAGUGGGUCAGGUGCUCUCAGAAGAGGGUCUAUACCUUCAGAACUUGAGACACCCUGAAAAAGAUCCUGGUGUCGAAUACAUGAACCCCCAUAUGCUCGAUUUCGACGACUUGGAUCUGGAUGAGGAUUACAUGGAGGUUGAUGACUUGGAGCAGGACGACCGCAGGCCUGAGGACCUCCAAAAAACUAUGCUCGACCUGUGUAUGGCGGAGACCAAUGACCGGCAUUUCCGUGAAGAGAAUGCAUAUAUGCAUAUCACCGUACCGCUGUUACCAACCCAGAAACAAGCAGUCUCGUUCAUGAUCGAGAGGGAAGUUGGACCUAUUCCUGAAGAAUCAAGGCUCUGGAAAUGGACUGAGAAUGAGACGAGUUCCGGAUUUCGACAUUUGAUUACUGGAUGCUGGGCCACAGAGCCCCGCCCUGAGACAGGCGGUGGAAUCCUGGCAGAUGAACCCGGGCUUGGAAAGACAUUAUCAGCUUUGAGUCUUAUCAGCCAGAGACUUGCAGAUGCGCAUCUGUGGUCACAGUCGCGAAACGAAGAGGAUGAAAACCCCGUCCAGUCACCUAUCCGGUCGAGGGCGACCUUGAUCAUCGCUCCCUCUCUCGAGAUAAUGACUGUCUGGCGCGACGAGCUUAAGAACUUCACGGAUAACUCCCUGAAAGUUUUGAUAUACCAUGGGAGGACCCGCUGCCGUCAGGUAGAGCGGAUAAGCGAGGCAGAUAUUGUGUUCACCACCUACCAUACACUGGCAGCCGAACGGAAGAUCAAGAAAAGUCCCCUGAUGUCAAUCAACUGGUUCAGACUGGUUCUAGAUGAAGCGCAUUGCAUCCGCCGGCAGUCGACGACCUUGUAUGUAGCGGUUGCAGAGCUCGAAGCUUGUCAUCGAUGGUGCUUGACCGGUACUCCAGUGCAAAAUAAGCUAGACGAUUUGGGAGCCCUCCUGGCGUUCAUUCGCGCGGAGCCAUUCGACAGGAUUUCCAUGUUUCGAAAAUAUGUUGUUUCGCCGUUCACCUAUGAUAAGCCCAGAGCCACGGCGAAACUCUCACUCUUACUUAAUUCUGUAUGCAUGCGCCGCAAGAUCGGACGACUAAAACUUCCUCCAAUGAUACAGCGGUACCACACUGUCGAACUUUCCCAAGCCGAGAAGGAGCAAUACGAAACGACUCGGGAUUCUAUGUUGUGGGAGCUUACCCAUGGAUCACGAAAAAAGAAUUCGGGAACACCGUUGGGGAAGUUUCAGAUCCAGCAUCGGCUUCGACGCUUGUGUAACCAUGGCACCUUUCAAAAAUCGUGGAACAACAGUCAAGUCGACAUCCGGGCGCAAAGAGAGGACGUCAUCGUCGCUAUGGGCAAGGAACAAGUGGUGCGAUGUUCUUCCUGCCACGAAUGGAUCGCCGCCUUAGCAACGAACUGUAACGCAAGGGAGGCUUCUGGACCACGGGCAAGGAUUACUUGUGACGAAUGCAUUGCUGAACUGUCCCAGGAUGCGCAAGAAGCAACAGAAGCCUCCGCCACCAAUUCAACCUCGAAAUCCCGACCAAAGGACUCCGAGUUGGGACUGCAAAAAUCUUUCGAGACCGACGUUGGAUGUCAGGGCUAUUCGUCCAAGAUAGAGAUGUUGAUGAGGGACCUGAACGAAAAUCUGCUCGACACAAAAAGCAUUGUCUUUUCCUCUUGGACCAGGUCUCUCGACCUCGUACAAAUGCACUUGCAGCAUCGAAAUAUCGCUUUCAUGCGUGUGGAUGGAAACACCGAGUCGGCCAAGCGGGAACAAAUAUUCGACACCUUCAAGGUCGAUGAGAGUUCUCGGAUAUUGCUCAUGACAACUGGUACAGGCGCAUACGGUGUGAAUUUGACAUGCGCCAACCGCGUGUUUCUGUUGGAACCGAACUGGAAUCCUAGUGUUGAAGUACAAGCCAUCGCCAGAGCGCAAAGAAUGUCGCAAAGACAAUCCGUUUUGGUCAUCCGAUACAUGGUUCGUGGCACCAUCGAAGAGGAUAUCCUGAACCAGCAAGGAAGUAAGCUGAGCAUCGCAGAGAUGGGAUUUGGAGCUCCUCGCCAAGAGUCCUUGUGA